CUGUGUGGAUUUAAAAGGGAGCAGCCGUUCUAUGUAGUUUAAGGAUAUGAGGAAGCACGACUGCCCCCCGGUGGUCGGUGUGGUGAAGUACAACGGUGAGGGUUGAGUGGCCUCAUGCCAAUUACCCCUGGAUCCUUUUUUAAAGGGGCAAUAAAACACCAAAGCAUGGGAAUAGACAACACCUGCAGCUGAGGGCGCCUCACCAGUCUCCAUGACCCCUUCAAUGAGGAUUAACCAUCAAUUGCUCAUCACAUCUAAGGGAUUCAUUGUACUAUCUUGACGGGGAUGUCGCAGGUGACCAAUGAGCGCUCCUCUCCACGCCUCUUUCUCCGCUGGGGGAAAUAUUUGACGUGGCAGAAGGAUCCGGACGUGACAUAGCUGCGCAUCAGCUCUCCUCCUCUCCUCCUCUCCUCGGCGCAGUUGCCCACAAGCAUCUGCAGGUUCCGGUCCCGAACGAGAGCAAGUCCUGGUCCGCGACCUGAGCCGCGGUCCGACGAUGUGGCUGAUCGCGUUGGCCGCUUUGCUCCACUGCGCCUCGGCCCAUGAUGUGGAUCUGAAGGGAGUGGACGGGCUGGCGAAGGCCAGGGUGGAGACGUGUGGUGGAUGACAGCUGAACAGGCUCAGAGAGGUCAAAGCCUUCGUGACCCAGGAUAUUCCUCUUUACCAUAACCUGGUGAUGAAGCACAUUCCUGGGGCCGAUCCUGAGCUUGUCCUCCUGAACCACCAUUUUGAAGAGCUGGAUCGGAUCGCCCUUUCCGACAUGACCCGCUCUGAGAUCAACGAGCUGCUGGGGAAACUGGGGUUCUACAAGAAGGCUCAACCGGAGGACGAGGUGCCGGAGGAGUUUCGCUUCUCUCCUGCCAAAAACGGCCCGUUGAAAGAGGAGCAAGCUUACAAACCCUCCAGUGCAUCUCUCGUCACAGAGAACACCUCCUCAGAGCCCAGCGCUGAGGUCCAGCACACUGACCUAUAACCCCUGCGUGACUAAAACAUAGGAAUGUAACAGUACCACUCUUCCCCAUUGCUGCUCCACAACCAGCUGGUUAUUGCAGUUGAUGAGAGAUAUGUUGUUUCUGAAGGCGGCCAGCAGGUCAUGGAUCAGCCCUUGGGGAAGUACAUAAUCGUAGCAUCAGACAAAAGGCCGUUAAAGGUCCACAGUCCGAAUUUGCACAUAUUUUACUUGCAGUCUGCAGUGAUAAUAACCCCACAUGAAUUAGAAUUGUUUUUGUCAUAUUUAGUUUUUUUGUUCACCAUGUUUCGUCUGUGUUCAGGAUCUUCAUGAGUUCUCUUGUGUCUGUUUGCUUCCUUCCUACUGUGAAACUGAAUGAAGCCUCAGGCGCAAAAUCGUCUGAUUUGCCUGAGGUUGAUGCUACGAGCUCUGGUGGGUUCGACUCAUACAUGCAAGAGGAUUCAAGUGAAAGGGCGAUUUUAAAAAAAGCAAAUAAAAUAAUGUGGGGGGAAAAAAAACCCUGCUCCUCGCUAUGUUGAA